AUGGCGACAGACGAUGCGACGUCAGGGCGCAUCUACAUUAAAGAUCUGCCAGAAACUGGUUCUGAUUAUGAGGGCUGGCGCUUCAGUUUGAAGAGUCAAAUCUUGCGUGUAGCACCGGACCCAGUUGCUGCCAUGGCUUAUAUCAGAGAGCUUGAUGAUGAAUCUGUUUCUUUUGGCGAUUUGGCGUCAAACUUGUCCGUAGACAUGAACAAAACAGAUGUGAAUGUUUUCGCGGCAGUGGUUGCCGCAUGUCAGAAGGGAAAGAAAGGACCAGAGAUUCUCAAGCUUAUACAAUCACGUGCACAGUUUGGUUGUGGUCGUCAAGCUGUCCGCAUCGUUGACCAGCGGCACUUGCAUGAGUCAACACAUUUAGCCACGGAGGCUAACACCAAGAUUCAAGAGCUCAGUUGUUCUGGAUUGUCGGAGCUUGACAGCUACAUGGCAUCUUUUUCGUUGUAUCGCCACCAGAUGGGUUCCGGCGAGCAUAAGCUCACCAAUGCUGGGGGCAUUGCGCUUCUGAAGCGCAAGCUCAAGGAUAUCAAGGAAAUGGAUGCCACUUUUGCCGUUUUCAAUGCCAGCAAUUCUGUGGAUCUAGACGCCUUGAUAUAUGCCAUCAACGGUUUGGUUGCACAUCACUCUGAGGAGAUUGAGAGGCGAAAAGCACAGAAAAAGGCUGCUGCGGCCAAGGUCGCUGCUGCCACGGCAGCGGGCGGCAAAUCACAGGGAGGCAAAGGCAAGAGCAAAAACAAGAAAGGCAAUGACAAGCCGUGUGAUCAUUGUCACAAGCCCGGACACACAGCACAAAAGUGCUGGUUGAAUCCAAAGAGUUCCGCGUACAGACCGGACUUCGCGGCGAAGAUCAAUGCCUCUUCGUCAAGCGGUGGGGCAUCUGCGCCGCCUGGAUUGGGGGCAGCGUCCAUGGGCGCUCGGCCUGGGCCUGCAGUUCCGGCAGACGUCCUCACCAAAGCUUUUUCGGAGUUUCUCACCAAACGUUUCGGUGGCUCCGCGUGGCUUGCCGAUGUCAAGCCGGACGAUCUUCAACAAUUUGCGGGUGCGGCAUGGGCUCUGGAUUCGGGAGCCAGCCAGUUCUGCAUCAUGGGCGACAAUGCCGAUGAUGCCGUUUGGGAGACAAUGCAAAGUGCAGACUGCGAUAUCGACACAGGCGCUGGCACGGCUCGGCCAAAAGCUAUGGUGGACGCCAUGGUUCCGCAUCUCGGGCGUCGCUCGGCCAUGGUGAUGCCGGACUCUAAAAUCAACAUGGCGUCGAUGGGCGAAACUUGCGCCGAGCUGGGGUAUCAUUUCUACUGGCCCGCAUGGUCUGAGCAGCCACAUUUCUGGCGCGACGGUGUUUCCAGCGAGGUGCCGCUCACCAUGGUCAAUCGCGUCCCGUUUCUAUUGAGCGCAGUCGAUGCUGGUCCGGCAAGCUUGAUUGAGGCUGCAAGCGACACAGACUUGAACGAUUUCUUCGCUCAGAUGUUUCGGGAGUUUUGCUUGACGCUUGGUGAGACAGAGCUCGCUAACCUUUCGGUUCCCCUUGCAUUGGCGACGCAGUCGCAGCCUGCGGAUCAACAUUGCUUGGCUCACUACCCGAAGGACCCCACCUGCGAAGUGUGCUUGCAAGCAAAAAUGUGUCGAGUUCCAGCGGCUCGCAAAAAGCAAGCUGUCGAAGAUGACAAGCAGACAGCUCGAGUUCACGGGGAACGCAUUCACUGUGAUCUUGUCGGCCCUACACGCCCCAGCAUCAAUGACGAGGUGUAUGCCAUGAUUACGCAUGAUGAUGCAACGGGGUACCCGGCCGCACGUGCUUUGCGCACCAAGCAGGCUUCCGAAGCCGCUGCCGCUUUCGACGACAUGUAUGGGAACCAGUCAGUGUCUUCAGUCCGGACGGACAAUGGUGGCGAGUUCCAGGGCGAGUUCGCCGCCAAACUCAAGGAACGGAAAAUCAGACACGAACGUUCCUUGCCACGUCGACCUCAGACAAAUUCCCGUGCUGAGCGAUUCCACCGCACAGUUGCGGAAGGCAUGGCUUGCCUUUUUGUUGCGUCUGGAGUCCCGUAUGCUUUCUGGACGUUCUGUCUCAUGGCCUUCCUCUUUGUGUAUGCUCGCAGCCCGGGCGCAGGUGGUGCUGACUCCCCCUACCAGAUGCGCUUCAAUCGUUCUUAUGAUUUGAGCAAGUUGCGUCCAUUCGGCUCUGCGUGCUACUACCUGUCAGAGGAACAUGAGAAGUUUGCAUCUCGUGGACGGCUUGGUGUGGUGUUGGGGUAUAGCCGCUUGCAGUCAUACUACGUCCUGGAUUUCGAACAUUACGUCGAGACGAAGGGCGAGGCCCGGAUUGUGCACACACGUGAUGUGCGCUUCCCCCCUCAGGUGCGCUGGCCUUUUCACGAGCUGGGCAUGGACAACCCUGAUGCGGCAUACUGGGCCCAACGUUUGUUCGAACCGGAGGUGUUGCAACCAACGCCCGUUGCUGGAGAUGACGGCCGAUGUGUACUUUGCGGCUUGUGGGCCACUGAUGCCGACAUCCACUGCCGUGGAUGUUUGCUUGGCGGUGGUCGUCGUCGGCAUGUGGAUGGUCCCGGCUGCCUUCGCGCUCGAUGUGGUGGUCAUGCGUUCCUUGACGUUCAGCCCCCUCCGGACUCGCCCGAGACGAGCAUGGACUAUUCUCCAAGCACUCCACGCAGCCGUGAUGGGGGCGUCAUCGACUCCUCCAUGGAUUCGUCAAGCUCCAGGUUUUCGACACCGCAUGACGCACACGAUGAUGAUGACAUGGGCCCACCGCCUGACGAUGAAGGCGAUGGACGUUGCCAUACGGAUGCCUCGCCACGCAGGCCGCGCUGGCGAGUGGGCUUGUUCGCUGAUGCACAAAUGCCUCCCGAACACAAUUAUGGCCCCCAUUUCGAUGACAGCAUGGAUAGUGGCCUAGUGCCGCCUCGCCCCGACUUAGUUGGAUCACACCCAUCAGAUGCGGAUUCGGAGCGAUCCAGGCCGGCCUCCAGCAGUCACAAUCGGACCAGCACGGAGCUGCGGCCAGACGGCAUACACAGUUCGGACGCUGAUUCGGAGAGAUCGCAGCAACCAACCAAUGAUCGCGACAAUGCAGCUAUUUCCUCCACGGUGACGUUUGAAAGCGAUCGAUCUGGGCUCAGCACAGUUGUCCGUGGUGGGACGGUUCUCACAACGCCUGCAGCACUUAGGCUUGAACAGGAGCUGGACAAGCUGACAACUGAGCUGGGGAAGAUGUUCGCUUGCGUCACCAAGAUCGUCAAACGAAGAGAUCCGGAGUGGGACACAAACGCUGCGCGUGAAGCUAUCCGCAAAGAGGCGGCAAACCACGCGUCGAAGCGGACUUGGGAGUCUGAGGCAUGUGAAUGGGAAACCGCUGUGGCCAAGUACGGCCCUGAUGUGGAGUACGUGCAGGCAAACCUCAUCUUAGGGAUCAAGCAUUACGAACUCGAUCAAUCCCAGCACAGAUUCAAAGCUCGCAUAGUCGCACUCGGGGACAACGUUCGCGACAUUUACGGCCGGCUUGUGGAGGAAGACCAAUUGCACGGUCGACCCAUCACGCUUGAAGGAUCACGGGCGCUAGAUUGCUAUGCCGGUUUGCAGCCUGACGGCGAUUGUCAAACUGCUGAUGCUGAUGGUGCCUAUUUGCAAGCUCGACUCAAAGGUCGUCCGAAGGUGAUUUGUUUACCAAGAGAGUUUCGCACACAAUCCGAACUGGAGAUGCGCUGUCCUGUGCACUUGUUGUACAUGGCCAUCUAUGGGCUGACACGUUCAAACAGCGAUUGGGAAGAUCAUGCUGACGACCGGUUGUUGCUUAAGCAUUGGCUGCAAGCUCGUGACAUUGAGCGCCCGAUUUUCAAGAAGGAAUAUAACGGGCACAUUGUGGGCAUGAGCCGUUUCGUCGAUGAUUUCAAGCUGGCGGGACACAAACCCGUGUUACCACAUGCAUGGGCUGAGAUUUUCGAAUGCUUCGAUUUCGCGGACCCGCCUCAACCUGUCAGCCGAUUUGUAGGCUCCGAGGAGAUCUUAUCGCGCGACCAAGCGGAUGUUGCCACAUUUCUAGUGAAGCAGGAUGCGUACAUCGACACCCUCACGAGAAAGUACAUGGAUGAGAUUGGUGCAUACAGACUUCCACGAUACGACACUCCGGCUGUGAAGCUCGCGACCAAUGAUGUUUCAAACAUGAGUGAGACAGGUCAGUUUGCAUCAAAUUGCGGUUCCUACGUAGGGGCUGGAUUGUGGGUAGCGAGGAACAGUCGUCCUGAGAUCUCAUUUGCUGUCGGGUGGUUGGGUCGGUACACCACAAAAUGGACAAGAAGACAGGAUGCUGCCUUGCAUCGUUUGAUGGGGUAUUUGGCGGCGACUAGGUCCUCCGCACUUAGAUUGGUUCUCAAUCCUGCCGAUGUGCAGCAACGCACUCUGAAGCUAGUAUUGUGGGUCGAUUCUGAUUGGGCGACGGAUCCCGAUACCAGGCGAUCGACAUCAGGAGCCGUUUUGCAACUUGUUGGGUCGCACGGCACUCGCAUUUUUCACGGCUCUUGGGAGUUCACCCGCAUGGUUGAGCAUGACUUUGAACGAGUGAUUGACCGUUGA